GCGAACUAUAGGACCAAAAAUCACGGUUCAUCUAAAGGAGAGAUGAAUUGCAGCAACAAAAAGUAUAAACGACAUCCCAUAUCUCAGUUAGUUGCAUAUAGAAACAGGUAUGAUAUUAUUUAUCCACGAAGUACUUCCUGUAGCGACCUGAAACUCCAACUCGGCAUCGUAGGUCACAACGGACCCCUGCGUGGACAUAGGCAGUCUAUUAAGCCAUCUUCCGAAGUCCUCGGCUUUCUGCUGUCAAAUAUGCGUUAGAGAUAAGGAUGUAGCCUACACAGUUCCACCCCCUAAAAUAUGCAUGUUUUGCAAAAGUUGAAGAAAAAAAGAAAAAAAAGAUAAAGUGGCCCGAAUGACGUUUGUUAUGGAUUUCCUUGGUCGUUUAGAUAUCUGGGGGUUGUGCGACCGAAGCACGAGCCGCCACUGAUUUUGAGAUCGGACGAAAACGAUCAUUUUCAUAAUUUUGUAGAAUUAUAAAAAAUUGCUCUGUAUACUUCUUUAUUCCAGUUCAUCUAUUGUAAGGGCAUUUUCGACUUAUGUCUCCGUUGCACCCGAAGUCUUACAGACUUCGUGCUAUCAUAAUAUUUAAUUUUUUAAAUUUGCUUUGAAUGUAGGUAUAUUAUCGAUAUGUAUGAUAAAUAUAAUGACGUGAAUUAUCCUUUCCUGAAGUGAUGAAGUAAUUUAAAACACUUUGAAUGAGACCGCCAUAGACAGGUUUUUAUCUCGAGUAAACCUUUUGAUAUUAGCAAUGUCGCCAACGUAUUUCGACGCAUUUGCAGAUUAUAUUGCUUACACGGUAUAGUGUUUACUACACGCUUCAGUCGUACAAAUUGACACAAUCGUGAGGAUAAUAUUAUCCUCUUCGUAAAGUCAUCAUUGCUUCUGUUGGUUUGCUAGUUGCAUGUUUCUUUAUGCUUCAAAUUAAUCGAAUUUUGGUCUAGUUAAAAAUGCAUAACUAACGCGAAAGGGUUUACUAUUCCUCUAUGGUUUUAGACCCAAAAAAGCAUUUUCGUGUAGAAAUAGGUUCUAUGUACGAAAGUGGCCAAACUUCCUCGUUUAAUUCUAGGAUCAAAGAAUCCGUUGAUCUUUCAGUAUAUGAUGAUGUCAGCCCCGCAGAAUUCAUCUGAAAAUGUAUCUAAGUCAACAAUUUGGAAAACUUAUCAAGAUAAGGAUCCUACCAAAGACCUUCUUCAGAUUGUUGGUACUGAAAAAAUUCAGAGCAUGUUAUUAGAUAGAAAUGUAUUGAAAAAAUUGGUUUGGCAACAAGUUGCAAAUGAUAUGGCUGCUCUUGGUUAUGAUUUGGGUCCUGAUGGAGGAAAAGCAUGUCAUCAGAAGUGGCGUAACUUAAAGCGUGCAUACAUUAUGUAUAUUACCAAACCAGGUCAUCGAGAUCCACCUUAUAUCAAAGAGUUGCAAAAAGCCCUUGAAACAACUCGAAAGUUAAUAAUGCCACCUGCAAACCGUGUUAAACCAGAGGUAGGGAAUGUGAGUGUUAACAGUGAACUUUUUGAACCUGAACUUUGCUCAGAAUCAGCAUCACAUUCUCCAAACAAAUCAUCUAAUAUUUCCGUGCAUGUGGCUGAUGUAUUGGCAGUGAUGGUUAAAAAUAAUGAAGAGAGACAGAAGCAAGAAGAAGUAUUUGAAGCUGCUUAUGAACAGAGGUUCAAAAGACUUGAGACAUUACUGCAACAACAAAGUGAACAACUUGAAAGAUUAAAUGAGGUUAUGCUUGAAGUUUCCAAACAGUGUGGUAAGAAAAGAAAGUUCUGUGAAAGUUUGCAAAGUGAGUGACCUAGAGGCACAAUGUUAUUUAUUUCGUUAAUAUUUUAGUUAAAAUAUGAGUAAUAAGCAAAAUGUUAUUUUUGUAUAUUGUACCUGUUUUCUUUCCAUGUGCCACAAUGUUUUAGGCAGAGAAAGAUUUUGAGAUUUGCUUUUGUGAUUUUGCCUCUGUUUGCAUUAAGAUUAUUGCCACAUAAGUGCAAUUGAAUGAUAGUCAUUAUUGUUUAAUAGCAUAACAAUGGAAUGUGAAAUUAAAUAAGAUCACAGAUGAACAUGGCCUUCCAUAAUUGCAUUUUCAUUCCUUUUUACCCACACACCUUCCCAUUCAAACCCUUUAUAGGAUCAUGAGUUAGCACCCUUCUUUAUUUCAUGUAAUAAUUACGAGCUUUUAACAUUUUUUAAAUGUACAAAUUCAAUGAAAAUUUGAGACAAUUAUUGGAUUUUAUUUUUCUGAGAGUUGGAGCACUACUUUUAUAAUGUUCAUGAGCUGUAGCAAAUGCACAAAAACAAAGAUUAAUUUUUUUUUAUGUAUCAUCAGUCUCGUGCAUCUACUGCAAUCUACUUGAAAUACCAUGGGUUUAUAAUUGGUGCUUUUGCUGCAUAAUAUUCACAACUGAUUAAAAACAUUUUAUCCAUUGAAGUUGAUAAAACUUAUUUGGCAAUGUUCUUGGCAACAUUAACAAUUUUAUUCUUUAGUGAAUUAACACCGAGACAAUUUCCCUGCCAAUACUACAGAGAGGUGAUUUGUAUACUUCUUGAGUAACAUAUUUAACUAUGUUACCUCAUGAAAAGAACAGUUAAUUUUUGUUAAAUCAGUGAAGUCUUUUGUAGCAAUCUAAGACAUAUUUCAGAGUACUAUGUUAUUCAUUUUGAGUCUUCAGUUUGGUAAUAAAGUUCAUGAAACCCUUCUUCAAUAAAUGCUAGAAUCAAUUUUAAUGACAAUGUACAUUUUAUUUUCAUGAGCUCUGAGAGAUACACGAUUGGAAGCUGUACUAAAGAAACGUAACAAUCUAAAAAAAACUAGUGUUGCUAAAAUAACGUACUUUCUUGCCCAUAAUUUCACUCACAAUUAUGGGAAAAGUACUCAAAUUUUUGAAAAAUUGUACAUGACCUUAUUUCAAAAUCUAUCUUUUAGGAACAGAUAUCCUAGAAAGAG